CAUAUGAAUUUGGCAAAGUUAUGGAAUUGAGUCUGUUUUGUGCAUUUCACAGAAAAUUUGAAAUAGUAGAAAAAAAUGUAUUCAUUGAGAUAUUUCAACAUCAUAAACGUGUCAUUGCAGUCUUUGUUAUGACGAUUCUGAAUUAUCUUCAUUGCCAUGUAAGCACUAUCAAUACUAAAAUAAUUGCAUAAAGAUUGCUAUGUAUUGCAGUAAGCUAAAAAGACAACCAAUCAACUAUUAUAGUCUGCCUGCAAACUUCAGUUCGUCCUAAAUACAAAUUCUGAGUUUAUUUUGGUCUACUUUUAUUCGGUCAGAGAGGACGAAAUACAAUGGAUCUAACCCACUGUGCAGAACAUGAAAGGUGACACGGUGUCCAGUUAAAUUUAACUGGAAAGUUAAAAACAUUUAAAAGGACAGCAUAUUUCAUUAUGGAGCUUCUGUGAGACAAUAAGGAAUGCCUCGUUUCUUUAUUAAUACUUUUAGGGGUUUUGCUGAAAACGUGAGAUUUUUCUUACUAAUUCAGUAAUUAUAAUAGCUAAUGAAAAAGAUACUAAUCAAAAGAUGCAAAUGUGUGCAACUCAAAGGCUCAUGUGGCAUCCUUUCGUUGUUCUUGACAUGCUUGGGUCACUUUGAUGUUGAGCAAAUCUAACUGAUGGUCUUUUCUAAUAUUUAUUUGACGAAGUCAGUGGUAGAACCUUAAAACUAAGUCUGUUUAUUGUGUUAGUUACAACUGUUACAAAACACGUGUGAAAUUAUUGGUUGAUGCGGUUGCUGACAUGAAAAUAGUCUUUGUGCUAUUCAUUAACAGGUGCAUUCUAAGACACUGAGUAUACUGAUACCGUUGCUUUUGUUAAGGUGCUCGUGGGCCUUCUUGAAGUUUCUUUCGAGGAACCCGCAAUUUGAAAGUCCCUGGAGGGUACAAAACUGCAAACGAGAUUUUUGUUUGUACAUUUAUCAUCAGAAAAGGCAUUAACACUAGAAGGGGAUGUUUUUGUGAUAAAUCACGUUUUUUAUUACACUUGUUGAUCACUGUAUUAUCUGUGUAUAAUGCAUAUUAACAUUACUACAUCUUGUACAUUCAAUCAGCUGUUUUGUUUUCUAUGCCAUGUAUAUGGUAGCUAUAUCGAAUUAAUUUCUGAUAUAUUUUGAUUCGAUAACAAAAACAGACGCAUUGACCGCUCGAACACAUUUUUGCUGUGCUGAUGCCUGGCCUGCUAUUGGUGCUUGUUUACACGAUGCCCACAGGAGGCGCUGAUUGGUCGCAUUUCUCACGUGACCGACCAACUUUGUACAUUUGACAGAGGAGUAGGUGGGUUUUGGAGAGAUCAGAAAAACGACAGCACGAUAAAAAUUAGAAUUGUUGCACUUUUCAAAUUAAUGAUCAUGAGUUCGUACUUGAUCAAUUCAAAUUACAUCGAACCUUCUUUCCCACCCUGCGAGGAAUAUCAGCAGAAUGGAUACAUGCCCGUGUCCUCUGAUUAUUAUGAGCGGCCGAAAGACGCGGGCUUCCCCCAUCACGAGGAGGCAUCAUACCCUCGAUCAAACUACCAAGAGCCGAGCUAUGAUUACGGUACUGUGUCCACCAACGGCCUCAACGAUUUCACCGACCGUCAUCACGCGCAACCUCAAUCCGUUCUGCAGAAUCAUGGACCCCGCCUCACCACAGAGAGCUGUGCUGGUUCAGCUGCGAACAAGGAUUGCAGCCUCGUGUCAGAGGCUCUCCCAGGCGCACAGAAGGGUAAAGAGCCGGUGGUGUAUCCCUGGAUGAAAAAAGUCCAUGUUAAUACCGUGACCGCCAGCUACUCUGGAGGAGUGCCCAAGAGGUCUCGCACCGCCUACACGCGCCAGCAGGCUCUUGAGCUUGAGAAAGAGUUCCACUUUAACCGAUAUCUGACUCGACGUCGACGAGUGGAGAUAGCGCACACUAUGUGUCUUUCUGAGCGUCAGGUGAAAAUCUGGUUUCAGAACCGCCGCAUGAAAUGGAAGAAAGACCACAAGCUACCAAAUACAAAGAUCCGCUCCUCGAGCUCUGCGCCCUCCAACCAUCACGUGAAAACGGACGCCACUCAGCAGCAAACACUGCUUCCAACGCCUUGUCCCUCGAACCUAUAGUGCUAGAAGCAAACCGGCACAAACGGAACUGAACAAGAAAGAAGAACACAUAGCAGUAUUAGGAUCGGAACUUCACAGGGUUACUUUUUAUUCAGUGUCCGAUGAGGCAACUUAACCUCGCCCUCUCAACCGCUUCCUCCACUCUAAUUUGAGCUGGAAAUCACAUCCUUCCUGUAAAAAUCUUUUUUCACUCUCUCUCGUUCUCUCUCUUAAAGGAACAAUAGUAGAAUGUACUUUAACUUGGACAUUGGAUCGUUACGUUUUCUGUCUUUAACCGAGACAUACCGAGUCUUGUUUGUGAAGAUCUGCGCUAGUUACGCGUGUACAAACUGACAUUUUAACUUGAAGGCACAAGUAUAGGAACAAACUUCCUGGAGUAGUUAUCUUAUUUGUCUUAGUCCCAUAUUUUAGAGUAUUGUUAAGUGUAUUUACGUCAUCAAAGCUGUGAAUAUUCGUGUAUUUGGUUAUUUGUAUAUUGGUGAAUGAUGUCAAGUUGUUUUAGUAAGCCUGUAUGCAAGUAAUUGUAGGCUGCCCGUGGAAAUAAUAAAAAAUGACUUUAUUGUG